AAUGCAAAAAGUUCAACACUCCAAAGCCGCUUUGUACUUACUACGGCAGUAUAAAAAAGGAGGUCGUGAUACUAGCACUAAAGACAAUCAAGAUGACUUGGAAAGUUUGGUCGAUUGGGAGCAACCCAUUUUGGGACAAGUGAUGGCUUUAGGAAGCAAGUACAAAGAAUGGGUGAAUUUACCAAUUGAUAGAAAAGUACGUUUUUUUGGAAACCCAGUUGUGGAGAAACUAACCAUGACGCCGUGGUAUUUAAUACCUAUUAUUUGGAUACCGAUCGCUGUUAUUUUUAUCAUGUAUGGAAGGCAAACGUACGUUGAAAUAACCGGAGAUACUUCAUACGUACCCAUAGCAUUGAGUGUGCUGUUUGGAAUUUUGUUGUGGUCAUUUUCGGAAUACUGCCUCCAUAGAUGGCUUUUCCACUUUGAACCAUCGGGCAAGUACAAGUUCGUGAUUUAUUUUCAUUUUGUCCUUCAUGGUCUUCACCAUAAGCUACCGUUUGAUAAACGUACGUGGAUAUUUCCUCCUCAAUUUGCUGUAUUUUUUGUAUAUGGAAAAUUCAGCAUAUUCCGAAUAAUUUUUCCUGAAUCGAUAGUUUUUCAAGUACUAGCAGGAGCACUGUUGGGUUAGUUGGAAUGUAAUGUUUUAUUUUAUUUUAUUUCUUAUUUUGUGUGCUUUCAAAGGUUAUAUUCUAUACGACAUGAUUCACCUUUAUGUGCACAAAUGUGCACCUAAGGAAGGAAGUUAUUUGUACUAC